CCUUUUCAACGACAAAACCUAUCAAAUAAAUCCCGUCGCUAUUCGGACUCUCCACUCCCUAUGCUCAAUUGAGCGCCCGAAUACUCUCAAAAUGCUAUCAAGGACCACCGCGCCGUCGGCAGUGUCUGCGAAGGCAUUGUCACGAGUCGCCUUACCAUCCUGCUCCAGAAUACCACAGGCCUCCGCAUCCCAACAGAGCCGAAGUUUCGCGACCGUCCAAGAUGGCACCCCGAAACGUGUAUAUGGCGGCCUAAAAGACCAAGAUCGCAUAUUUCAAAACCUAUACGGCCGAUUCCCCGCCGAUUUAAAGUCUGCUAAGAAGAUGGGAGAUUGGCACAAGACGAAGGAAAUAAUUCUGAAGGGACACGAUUGGAUUAUCAGCGAGAUUAAAGCUUCCGGUUUACGGGGCAGAGGAGGAGCCGGUUUCCCUUCUGGCCUGAAAUGGUCGUUUAUGAACUUCAAAGAUUGGGACAAGGACACGAAACCCCGAUACCUUGUUGUCAAUGCCGACGAAGGCGAACCCGGCACAUGCAAGGACCGAGAAAUCAUGCGAAAAGACCCCCAUAAACUUAUCGAGGGAUGUUUAGUUGCUGGUCGAGCCAUGAACGCUACCGCCGCCUAUAUUUACAUCCGUGGAGAGUUUAUCUACGAGGCCGCUGUUUUACAGCAGGCUAUCAACGAAGCCUACGCCGAUGGAUUAAUUGGCAAGAAUGCCUGCGGUUCCGGUUACGAUUUCGACGUAUACGUACAUCGUGGUGCCGGUGCUUACGUCUGUGGUGAGGAGACUUCCCUCAUCGAGUCUUUAGAGGGUAAGCCCGGAAAGCCCCGUCUAAAGCCUCCAUUCCCGGCUGCUGUCGGUGUUUUCGGAUGCCCAUCAACGGUUGCCAAUGUGGAGACUGUCGCCGUUGCCCCCACGAUCUGCAGAAGAGGAGGUAGCUGGUUCGCUGGCUUUGGCCGGGAGCGGAAUCAAGGAACCAAGUUAUUCUGUAUUUCCGGCCACGUCAACAACCCCGCCACCGUCGAAGAGGAAAUGAGCAUCCCCCUACGAGAGCUCAUCGAGAAGCACUGCGGUGGUGUUAGGGGUGGCUGGGAUAAUCUACUUGCUAUUAUCCCAGGUGGCUCCUCUACUCCUAUCCUCCCCAAGAAUGUCUGUGAUGACCAAUUAAUGGACUUCGACGCGCUCAAGGAUAGUCAAUCCGGUCUUGGUACCGCUGCGGUCAUUGUCAUGGACAAGAGCGCCGAUGUAGUCCGAGCCAUUGCCCGGUUAAGUCAUUUCUACCGACACGAGUCUUGCGGACAAUGCACACCGUGUCGAGAGGGUAGCAAGUGGACAGAGCAGAUCAUGAGCCGAUUUGAAAAGGGAAUGGGUCGUGAGCGGGAAAUUGAUAUGUUGCAGGAGUUAACAAAACAGGUUGAAGGCCACACCAUCUGCGCUCUUGGUGAGGCUUUUGCUUGGCCCAUCCAAGGUCUCAUCCGUCAUUUUAGACCUGAGUUAGAGGCGAGGAUGGCGAAAUACAGGGCCGAGAACGGUGCACCCGCUCUAGCUGGCGGAUGGCAUCCCAACACCAGAGCGGAAGGCAAGCUGGUUGCCCCUGGUCAAUAGACUUAAGUGGUUUGCCUAUAAUACACAUAGCUAGAUGGCGUAAUUCGAAGGGUCAAAAGAAUUACUCUGUACACCACAAAUAUUUGUUACCUUGUACAUAUCCACGCAAUGAAGGCAUUUGAUUCCAACAA